AUGACUUCGCUUCCUAUGGGUUCGACAUGGGGCCGUCACUGGCGCUCGUCAGCAUGGUUUAUCGUCACGGCGAUUGUCAUAGCACUCUUCACCGAUACAUUUCUGAACAGCUUCAUCGUCCCCAUCCUUCCAUAUAUGCUUGAGAACCGGAUCAGCUUAGACCCCUCCCGCACGCAGAGCAUCAUUACCUGGUUAUUUUUCGAAAGCGCUGCUGUUAGUGUCGUUCUUCGAAUGCCGUUGGCGCAUUUUGCAGAUAAGUCUGCUUCGAAGCGCAAGUGGUUCAUGUGGGCGUUGGUCAUCGCUCUUACUGGUACUAUUGCGACGGCAGCCUCAUCGUCUUUGGCUGUCUUGUUCGUCAGUCGGUUUGUGCAGGCUUUCGCCAAUAGUAUCAUGUGGGUUGUGGGAUACUCGACAUUAGCUGCUACUGUUCCCAUUCAACAUACAGCCAAAGUAUAUUCUGCUGUGUCUGUCGCUGGCUCGCUGGGUGCCUCUAGUGGUCCCAUGUUAGCUGGUUUGUUGUUCCAACUAGCAGGGUACUGGAUGGCAUGGACCUUGGCCUUUGCGAUCAUCGCAGUGGAUAUCGCUUUUCGUCUGUUGAUGGUGGAAACAGCCACUGUUGAGAAAAUAGACACUACUGAAGACCCUGUUGUCAAACAAGACUCACCAUCAGAGAACUCACCCCUCCUUUCGUCCCAGCGCAUCCCCGACCGUUAUGAAAGCCAUAAGCCCCAAGAUUCUCCUCAAGCAGCACCAAACUUUUACAAGUGUCUUUUCAGAAAACGCAACUACAUCGCCGGCCUAUGGUGCUCCUUUAUGUUCGGCGUCAUAUUCACAACAUUCAACGCCACAGUCCCACUACAUGUCCGAGACAAAUUCAAAUGGGGUGGACUGGAAUCCGGACUGAUGUUUGCAGCUCUCCAAUUCCCCCGUCUCCUAAUGUCUCCCUUCGUGGGUUGGCUGAAAGACCGGAUAGGAACACGGAUACCAACCUUUUAUGGAUUUAGCGCGCUGACUCCGUUUCUCUGGCUUUUGGGUAUUCCAGGCAGUGGGCUGUUUCGAUGGGCGGAUACUAAAGACCGGGGACCUGCUCUGUAUGUGCUUGCUAUGAUCUUGAUUGGAACUAACUCUGCCUUCUUGAAUGCGGCUGGAAGCAUUGAAGCUACCAUGGCAGCCAAGGAGCUACAGAAGGAACAUCCCGGGGCAUUUGGUCCUGGUGGUGGUAAGGCGCGUGCCAUUGCUCUUUCUGGUGUCUCGUUUAUUUUAGGAUCUUGUGUUGGACCCGUCCUGGCCGGGGUACUCAAUCAGAAAUUUGGGUACUAUACGAUGAACUGCGUUAUUGGCACAAGCACCCUAGCGCAAAUUACAAUAACAAGACCCACAAAGCAAAACGCCCUUAACAGCGCCCUCCUAUCCCAACUCAGAACAACGAUAAGCCAAAUAACAAAAGAAAACAAAGACCUCCUCGCCAUCAUCCUCACAGGCGCAGGACCCAAAUCCUUCAUCGGCGGUGCAGACCUUCGGGAAAUAUCCGCGCUGGAAUCACCGGCUUCAGCGCGGAUGUUCAUAUCCAAGGUCCAUCUCGCCUGUGAUGCAUUGAGGAAGUGUCCGGUUCCUGUUAUUGCGCGUGUGAAUGGGUUUGCAUUUGGGGCUAGGUUGGAGGUUGCUGCGGCUUGUGAUUUUCGGGUUUGUAGGCGGGGGGCUGCUUUUGGGAUGCCGGAGGUUCAUCUUGGGAUUCCCUCCGUUGUUGAAGCGGCCCUUCUACCAGGUUUGAUAGGCUGGGGUCGGACGAGACGUCUACUUUUGCUGGGUGAUACUAUAUCAGCGGAUGAAGCGUUGAAAUGGGGUCUUGUUGAGAAGGUUGUUGAAGAUUGUGAAUUGGAUAUUGUUGUUGAGGAGUGGGUGGGAAUGUUGGAGAAGAACGGGCCGCUUGCUGUGCGCAGGCAGAAGGCGCUGAUUUCGAGGUGGGAGAGCCUUUCCCUUGAACAGGGCAUUAUGGCCGGCGUCGAGGCGUUUGGGCAGGAAGGGGGCGGGAAUGGGGAUGUCAAUGGGAAUGGGGGGACUGAGCCUGGGAGGAUGAUCGGGGAGUUUUUUAGGGGCAGGGAUGAAGGCAAAGGGAGGGUUUGA